UGGGAUAUUUUACAGCGCCCUCUCCAGGACAUAUUCAUAUGGUAAUAGCGAAUACCUGCUAUUUGGAUAAUCUUUUCAUACCCAUCUCUAACAGCAAACAUCGCCGGUUUGACAUUUAAAUGUCAAGUUUGUCAACACGGAGGAAGGAAAGUGUGUUUUCAAGUUUUGAGAACCCGAAAAACAAAAAUAAUAGCAACAACUUCAUACAGUUCUUGCCUUUCGGCGAAAAUGAACUUGUUACCACCGUAGACUUAAUUGUCAGUGAAUAAAAUGCUUCGGUUUUGGAAGAAAUCACGAAAAAGUCAUGAGAAGAAUGCACCGAGGACGUCAAGUGAAACAGGUAAAGAUCACGAUACAGUUGGACGAUGCACCUUCAGGGAUCAUAGAGUUGAAGAAAGGCUGCCUCCAUUGGCUGGCAUUGAUGAUGAAGGCCUGUUUGAUAUAGGUGACUUUGAGCUUCUGAAAGAAAAAUCAAGACUAUCUAAGACAUUGCAAGAUGUUUUGUAUGACAAAAAUGCCUUGACUUACUUCUUGCAAUUUAUGGAGUCUAGAGAUGCAUCCCCAUACAUCCUUUGUUGGUUGGACAUUGAUACCUUUAGGUCUGACCUGAAAGCCUGCCCCAGGAAACGUCAUUCUCCCAUAGAUCAUGACAGCCUGUCAGUGAGCACAGACUGCGACUCAUAUACUGCAGACUCGAAUAGUCUGUGCGACUUUUCGACAGAAGGUGCAUGUGAUAGAGAACCUAGUGAUAGUAGUUGUAAGUCGAAAAGUGAUAAGAAACCGUUUGUACAAAGUUUUGUAGAUAUAGCCGUUAGUAUUUUUAAAAAAUAUAUAGCACAGGAAGCUCAAGCUAACAUCAAAUGUACGGAAGAGUUGAGGAAGGAGACAAUGGAAAACGUUUGUAACAAUGACAAGGUGCUUUCUGGUACUUGUUUUGAUUUGGUGCAAAAGUUUGUUUAUGAUGCGAUGGAGAAUGAAUAUUUUACAGCAUUCUUAGAUAGCGAUUAUUUUUGUAAAUAUCAAAUUGAUGUUUUGACAAGUGGGAAUGUUGUGUUAGACGAUAUUUUGUACAACGAAACAGCUCUCUUUUACCUUAUGGAGUUUUUGGAGGUAGAAAAUCAACGCAGUCUCCUAGAAUUUUGGAUGGCUGCGACGAAUUUCCAACAACAACUUCAUAAUCAAAAGGAAUUUCUUGAUCCUGUAGAAGCCCAGAACGAUGCUAUGGUAUUAUAUGAUAAAUAUUUCUCCUUACAAGCUCACUGUCCUUUAGGGUUUAGUGACAAAGUAAGGUUAGCUGUAGAGCAAAGUAUCUGUGGACAAGAUGGCCUUAUAUUAGAUUGCUUCCAUGUACCACUAAAAAUAGUCGAGAAAGUAUUAGAAAAGAACUAUCUGAAAGCAUUCCUUGCAUCUCAACUUUUUUACAAGUACCUCUCAGAUCUGAUUAACACAGUACAGACCAGCGGUUAUAUGAACAACAUUGAAAGGAGGCAUUCACCUUCAGACUGUAGUAGUGAAAAAAGCUUUGGCCAAAACACAUUUUUGGCUUUGGAAAUGCCCAAAACCACGAAAAAAGCUGAUAUGACCAUAGACACAAGGGAACUGUAUGAUCCCGACACAUUGUGGAAACGCAGAAAAUUCCAUAAGCUGUCAAUUGGUCAUGUCAACGAACUCGGGAAAUACGAAGCAGAAUAUGAACCAGAACCUGAUAGCAAUGAGUUCAAAUUAAGAAAUGUACUAAGAAAAGUGGUGAGUUUAGAAGAAGAGCACAAAAAGAAAGAAGACAUGGCUUGGCAAGUCGCAGAAAUGAUCGUAAAGGACAUAACAAAUGUCACAUUGAACGACCAAAAAAUUUGAACUAUUCAUGUUUUUACGUGGUGAUUUCUAUGUGAUAAUGGUACUGAUAAGAGAAAUUAUUGAAACUAUUUGCAUUUAAAAUGCAUUUAGUUCUCAAGUUCUACGUACGGACAUGUGAUGAAAAGAGAAAAAAAGAAAAGAGCUGAAUUAAAUCAGUAAUAUAGCUUUCGUUUGCCUGACAACUGACAUGGGUAGUUUUGUGCUAUUUGACAACUCAUCAGCAUCGUUUAGGCCUGGUCUCAAGUAUUCAGUGGUCGUGUCUGGUACUGUCUUAUUUCAAGAGCAGUAUUAGUUCUUGAACGUUAACAAUGAAAUCUGAAAUAUAAAAAGAAAAAAUAAACGGUCUUAAUAAGAUAAUUAUAUCUACAAGAUAGUUAAACAUGACUAUGGAAUAAAAAUUCUGUCUUUUGAGCUAAGGAAAGGUGGGAUCAAAAACAAAUUCAUUCAUAAACUACUACUGGAGUAAAUUUGGCAAACACCUGGAAGACUGUGCAAUCAUGACAAACAUCGUAUUAGUGAUGAUAAUGUUGAUUUUUCUUUAGUUUUUGUUAACUCAAAAUGUUCUUUUUGAUAACAUUUUAUUUUUGUUUAAAAAAUACAUAUAUUAUGUUUAAACCUCUAUUGAUUCAUUAAUUUUAUAGUGAAAUGAUAUUUCUGAGAGUUAUUUGUACAGCAAAUUAUCGUAUAGAAGAUAUUCUACACGGUGUUCAGUUGAAAACGUCAAAAGAUUUCUCAAGGGGGACAUCUUUUUUACCAAAAACUACUUCACCCUCUUUCACCCGUAUUUUUUAAAAUCGGUCGAUUCGUUUUCAAGAAAAUUAGAAAAAUCUUUAUCUUAAUUUGUUUAGAUAGAAAACAGAAACACACGAAAAUAUCACUUUUAUUUCAUUACGUGUUCAAAAUGUUGCCCUUUAUGGGUCAAAGAAUGAUGAAUGAAUGAAUCUUGAAUUUUAGAGGCAUCCUGGCCACCAUAAGGAGCCAGUGCAUAGGCCGCUUAAGCGGGCCCUUAUGCACCUCUACAAUACUUAAAUCACAAGCCUCGCCCUUUUAGCGAAGUUGAGAAUCGCCUUGAGUCCAAGCUCCUUUACGUCCUGAGGGUCCAAAGUAAUGGACCCCAGUAUAGUCUGCCUAUAGUAGCUCAGAGCUUCACAGCGACACAAAACGUGCGCCGAGGUCUCUUCCUCUACUCCGCAGCGUUCGCACAAGGGAACCUCAGCCACCCCCAUCACGUGCAGGUGCCGCCUUAACGUGUUAUGGCCAGACAACAGUCCCACCAGCAACCUUAGGUUGGCUCUACCCAGAGAUAGGCAGAAGCGUCCAUCCUUAGCACUGGGCCCUUCAAUGAGCUCUCGUGCCUGGCGGAGAUGUCUAGAGAUACUUCUCCAUUUCUGAGAGUGUUGUCUUGCAACCCACGUCUCCAUUUUCCUCCUAGCUUUAUGCGCGGUUACUCCUA